GCAGUGGGCCCUGGGUCCCUCCUGGUGCAGAACAACGCCCAGCCUCAGCUAAUUUAGCUAGCUCGUUAGGCACGCACUCAUUAAAGUUUUUUCCCGAAUUACCAUUAUCAGCUGAUGAAGAUCAGCGUCAUAUUUCCUUCUAAUGUGCCGCCUGCACCCAAUUUAAACGAGUACCUCCGCCCUUGCUGCCACGCAACAAGCGGCAUGCUAGCACGGAAAAAUGGAACACACCGAUAAUUAAGACCCAAGUCGUUUCCGGGUUGAGGAAAUCUGCUCGUUGCCGUGUCCAACAGCACAUUAUUGUUCAGAAUGCUACUGGUUUUGUCUGAAGAGCAUAAAGAACACCUCGCCUUCCUACCUAAGGUUGAUGCCGCAGUGGUUGCAGAGUUUGGUCGCAUAGCGCUGGAGUUUUUAAGGAGAGGAUCCAGUCCUAAGAUCUACGAAGGAGCAGCCAGGAAGCUGUGUGUUUCUGUGGAAAUGGUGCAGCAUGGAGUGGAAGGCCUGAUGUUCCUGAUGACAGAGAGCUCCAAACACAUGAUCUCUGAAGUGGAUUUCCUGGAUUCAGUGUUGGUUCUGGGGUUUGGUGAUGAGCUUAACCAGAUCCUCUUACAGCUCUAUGAGCAGCACCGCAGUCAGAUCCGCAGCAUCCUGAGUCAGCUGCCCUCUAACGUGCCUGCCUACCACAACCUGGAGUGGAGACUGGAUGUACAGUUGGCGAGCCGUUCACUCCGUCAGCAGAUUGUUCCCAUGCUGACGUUACGUCUGCUGCUAACCAGAGGUUGUGACAGCCACAGUGACCAGAUCAGCAGGGUUUUCCAAACAGACCCCAGGACUCUCCAGCACCUUAUCUCUACACUGGAGGUUGCUCUUGCAACCAUGAAAACCAGUCAUGCUCGGCGCAUUUUACGGAAUAUCAAAUAGCCGCCUAGUACUCUUUGUUUAACAUUUGUGCCACCUGCAAAAUUGCCCAUUUGACUGGCAAAUGGUCAUCACUUUAGUGUCAAUAUGUGUCAUAGUGUUGACUGUAUUGUACAUUAGGGUAGUACAGUGGCACUGAUAUUGUAUUAAGGUGUAAGAAGCAGACAAAAUGCCUUUCUUGUGGUUUGUGAGAUUCAACAAUGUAAAGGCAGAAUGCCCUGACUUAAAGGAGUUACAUUAUGUCUGUCAACAUUUGACUGGAAGAGUACAUAACUUGGUGGUUAUGCCAAUGAGUGUUAAAGCCUAGCAUAAGAUGGACAGUCAUUGCUGUUUCCACUGAGGUCUGGUGUUUAUUCACUUCAUGUCUACAUGCUGCUUAAUACUGCUCUUUGAUUUGAUAUUUUGCAAAGGCACAUCUCACAUGGUGAACAUCAGUGUAGGAAUCGUCUCCACACAUAUAAUGUGAUUUAUCUUUAUGAUCUUGUGUAUGUGUCAGAGAGUGUACAUUUAGAGGCUCUCCUAACCAAGCGUUGUGGAUAAGGUCAUUGCGAUGCAAACUGUUCACCCAAUCAAAGAAGGGGUGUUGAAUUAGUGAGGGCUUAUUUUUUGUCCACCCUGUUUAUAUUAGUUAGGUGAGGCUAGGUAACAGCCUGUAUAAUGUAGUACAGUUAAACAAUAAUAUGAGUUACAGCCUCAAAAUGACCAUACAGCUGAAUCUGCACCUCUCUGAAGCCGUUUCAGCACAAACUGAACAUUUCUAUGCCUGUUUUAUUAUACUGAAUUACCGGUGUAUAUGAACCAUAUGCCACCACUGAUGCUCUUUAUAAAUGUAGCGUUCUACUAAUCAGUAUUAAUUUGUUAGAUUAUACCGUAGAAAAAUGUGGCCAACAAAAUUGCCAAAUAAAACUAAACCACAUAAAACCAAGGUUACUGUCUGCUGUCUGUGUAGGUUCAUUUACUUAAAUCAAAUCACAACGCUAAUGUAGUAAAAACUAAAUCCUGAAAAGUUUUUUCCAGCACAAAGUUACUUUCUUAACUCUGGCUAACCACAAACCCUGUGUUGCAGAUACAUUUCGAAUGCUAGCUAACAAUUUAGAUAUAAAAUACCCUGUGCGGCUGCUAAUAAUGUUUCCUAAAUAAUUUGGUUUUUGAUCAAGAACAGUAUGUUUGUUGGUGAAAUAACAUUCAGCUUUGUUUUCGUAUAUUUUCAUUAAUUUUAGUUCUUUAUCCUAAUUUUCUCAUGUUAAAGAGCUCGAGAGAUUUGAGUUGUUAAUAUGCUGUUAGUUAUUGCAAAAUCAGAAUUGUAGCUGAUUUCAAUUUUGUACCUUUUAAAAAUGUGUUGAAACCACCACAACACAUAAGACCUCCCAUUUCUAAAAAUAAAAAAAAUUUA